UCUGUCGUCCUCCAACCUCACCACCAUGAGCCGUCUGCUGCUGGGAGCCGUGCUGCUGGGGCACCUGGGAGUCUGCAGUGCCGCUCAGGCUCCAGAGAUGCUCUCCAAACCCACCGAGGUGAGGUUCGACUCUGUGGACUACAGACACGUUCUGCACUGGACUCCGCCCGGCAACAGCAGCUCUCUGCAGUACUCCGUCCAGUGGAAGAUUUAUGGCGAGUCUGAUUGGUUGGACGUUGACUUCUGUCAGAGGAUCCAGAAGCCUCAGUGUGACCUCAGCGCCCUGACCUCUGACCUCAGAGAGUGGUAUUACGCCAGAGUGCACGCCUCCUCUCCGCCCGCCAGCAAAUCAGCCUGGACGCUCUCCCCGAGGUUCAGCCCGCGGUCGGACACCAAAAUCAGCUCUCCUUUUUUGAGGCUGAACCGCACGGUGCAAGGCAUUGUGGUCCGUGUGAAGCCCCCCAGGCUGCUUGUCAGGAAGAUGCACAACAGUCUGCAAUACAAGAUCUACCUCAUACACAGCAGCGGAGAAGAGACGGUGUUUGAUAUGGACUGCUGCUCCAAGAAGCUGACUCUGAAAGAUCUGAAGCACAAAACCAAAUACUGCCUCCAAGCCCAGACCCUGAUCCCCGCGCACGCCAAGAGCAGCGCUCGGAGCGCCGUGAAGUGUGUCACCACCCUCUGAACACACAGACUACCAACGUGACACUGAAUGACUUUUCAUCCAUCACUACCUCCAACGCUGCUGCCAUAAAUACCUGCCAAUAAAAGUUGGGCUCUAUUCCUGAAAGCAUUAUUGAUCCGGCAUGUUGAAGUGCAUAUGACUGAAAUAUUCUAACUCAAGUUACACUCACUAGCUUUUCACUGCAAAUGAGUGAGAUCACGCUAGUCAGUGGACCCUUAGUUAGGAUUAUUUAGUUUUUAUCUUAUUUUAUUUUUUGAUGUAGCACAGUUUAUCUUUCAAUAAGGACACACUACAACACACUUGACGUCAGGACACCCGUGAGUUAAAGGUGAAAACUAAUAUGUAGCAGUUUAGUGUUGUUUUCGCUUGUUUUCAUACACAUUUCAACAUAUUGGUUACAUUACAGUUCCAUGUAUUCAGUUAUAGGAAAUGUGUAGUUUUCAUAAGUGACCACACAGUGUACUUUUGUAUGUAAUUCACACAUGCAAAUAAAUCUAGCCGUCUUAACAUUUCUUUAAAGUGGACAAAUAUUGUGCAAAAUGAUUACUGUAGCAUUACCUUGAAGCCAUGACACUAUUCAGAUGCAAUACUUUGAAAAUGUAACCUGUUUUCUUUUGUACAUGUCAUGUUACAAAUAAAGCCAAAGACACUGUU